AUGGAUUUAUGGUUUGUUGCAUUUCUUCAGAUCUCCAGUAGCCUUACUGCCAAGCACAGGGCAUAUCUCCAGAGGACUAACCUCAUGGCACUCCUUGUCCUGUGUUGUCCAGGAGGGAACUUCUCUCUGGGUUUGAUCUCCAGUAGCCUGGCUGCCAGCACAGGACAUAUCUCCAGACGACCAACUUCCUGGCAUUUUUUUCUGUGUUGUCCAGGGGACAGCUUCUCUCUGGGUUUGAUGAUAGUAGCUCUGAAGGACUGGGAAGAAGUUCAGAACCGGAUAUGUCAGAGUCACUUGUGUCGGAAUGUGUUAGUAAACCAGAUGAGGACCACAGAAAUGGGGUCAAAAUUACAAGGAUGUAUAGUUUUCUUAUUUAAUGUUGCUUUUUUAAUGCUUUUAUUUCAUAAAAGCGACAGUGUUGUUUUGAUAAUAUCUGAUGCGGGAAAAAGUUUGAACACAUCAGGAGAAAUUUUGAACACCAUUGGAAAGCAACAGUGUGUACGAGAAUGCAUGCGGCGGGGGGAUUGUCUCUCAGUCAAUUACUGGAGAAGCGAGCUACGAUGUCAGCUGAACCCCUCCACAGUGGGCCCGGGGGCUGUCUUAGUACCGGACGUUAAUAGUGUGUAUAUGGAGAAGGCAUCACAGCCCCAGGACUUACUUUCUGGACUUUGUUCUUCAUACGCAUGCGCAGACAAGUGUACAGAGUUGUCUAGUGGAACGACGUCCUGCAUGGCUGUGUACAGCGCACCAUCAAUAGUAUCGUCAUCUACAACAACAAGUCAAACAACGACAACAAGUCCAACUACAACAAUAAGUCCAACAACAACGACUACAAACGACAACAAGUCCAACAACAACAAGUCCAACAACAACGACAACAAGUCCACCUACAACAAGUCCAACAACAACAACAAGUCCAACUACAACAAGUCCAACAACAACGACAACAAGUCCAACAACAACGACAACAAGUCCAACUACAACAACAAGUCCAACAACAACGACAACAAGUCCACCUACAACGACAACAAGUCCAACUACAACAAGUCCAACAACAACGACAACAAGUCCAACGACAACAAGUCCAACAACAACGACAACAACCCAACAACGACAACAAGCCCAACAACGACAACAAGCCCGACAACGACUAUAAGUCCAACAACAACGACAACAAGUCCAACAACAACGACUACAAGUCUAACAACAACGACAACAAGUCCAACAACAACAACUUCUACAACAACGACAACUUCAGCCCCAUCAACAACUUCUACAACAUUACCGACAACAACAAUAGGAAGCACUAUAAGUUGUCCAUCAAUUUUUGUUUGGAAUCCCUCCGUCGGUUUGUGCUACAAAGUAGAGGAGGUUCCAUUGCUUUGGCAAGAUGCUAAAGUUCAUUGUGAAUCUAAAGGGGCACGAUUGGCAGUUCUAGAUAUCCCGCCAAAACUUGAUGUGCUCGCUGGAGAUUACACCGCAGGACUUUUGUUGAACUACCAAUACUAUAUAGGAGCAUCGUACGAUGCUUACCUCAGCGACUGGAAAUGGGUUGAUGGCCUGAUAGUGGACCCCGUGUUCUUGAUGAACUAUCUGGUGACUGGAGGUUCCGGCAACUGUCUGGUUUGGGAUGACACGUACGGUCUGUCUGACGUUCCGUGUUCCACGACUAUGUCUUUCAUCUGUGAAGUUCCUGUAACCACAUCAUCACCUCCAACGUCACUUCCGCCAAUGACGCCAAGUACAGCAUUAACCACAAAUCCAGGCUCUACUUGUCCAACGACCUUCACCUUGAACCCAUCUAUCAAUCUCUGUUAUCAGGUGGUUGAAAUUGCAAUGUUGUGGCUAGAUGCAAAAGUGCAUUGUGAGGCCAAGGGAGCCAGACUCGCGGUUCUGGACACACCAGGAAAACUUGACGCCAUUUUUAUUGAUUACACUGGCGGACUAUUAUUACAUUACAACUAUUUUAUCGGAGCGGAUUUCGACGACACUGCUGUUGAAUAUAAAUGGGUCACCAAUGCCUUGGUAGACUCCAGUGGAUUUCUGUCUAAUUAUCCGGUUACCAGGGUAACAGGUCACUGUCUGAUGUGGAGCGACCUGGAUCUGCUGCGAGACUACCCCUGUAGCAGUCCCCUACCCUCGAUUUGUGAGAUCCCAAUGGGAGCGCCGACGGGAGCGCCGACAGCCCCAACUGCUGCGCCGUCUUGUCCGUUCAUAUGGAAACCGGAAGUAUCAUUGUGUUACAACAAUGUAGAGGAGACUCAUAAAUGGUUUGAGGGCAACACAACGUGUAUCAAUAGCGGAGGACGUCUAGCCAUUUUGAACACUCAUGAAAAACUUACAGCCGUACUAAACGAUUACGAUUUUGGAGAAAUUCUUUUUUCGAAUCAGUACCAUAUUGGUGGUCAGUACGUUUCUGGGAUCGGCUGGGAAUGGGUUGACGGUUCACUGGUGGAUCCAACAUUGUUGGCAUACUACGGCAUCAUUGGUGUGGAUGGGGAAUGUUUGAUAUGGGACUCGAUGAAUCUUCUAGCUCAAGAUAAAUGCGACAGUUCCUUACGGGUUCUGUGUGAAACUGUUGUGGCAAUGGAUUUCUCAUAAUAAGGACAUCCAUAUACAUGCCUUCUGAAGAAAUUACUUGAAAUUAAGGCUUAAAUGAUGAGCCUUUUGAUUAAAAUAUUGCGUUUGCCUUCAACACUGAUUUUUAACAUACUUUUAUUCCUUUCGGGAGAAAUGGGGGGGGGGACUUUUAUUCCU